AUGUACUUCUACUUCAUCUACUUAUACUUCAUGUUCUACUACUUCAUGUACUUCUACUUCAUGUGCUUCUACUUCAUGUACUACUACUGCAUGUAUUUCUACUUCAUGUACUACUACUUCAUGUACUUAUACUUCAUGUACUACUACUUCAUGUACUUAUACUUCAUGUACUACUACUUCAUGUACUUAUACUUCAUGUACUACUACAUCAUGUACUUCUACUUCAUUUACUUCUACUUCAUGUACUACUACUUCAUGUACUUCUACUUCAUGUACUACUACUUCAUGUACUACUACUUCAUGUACUACUACUUCAUGUACUUCUACUUCAUGUACUUCUACUUCAUGUACGACUACUUCAUGUACUACUACUUCAUGUACUUAUACUUUAUGUACUACUACUUCAUGUACUUCUAG